AACACAACGCUCGACUGUGAGGACACGUUUCUGGAGGAUAUCAUCCAGCUUGAACAUUUCCAAUGGCUUUUGUCCAACAUGACCGAGGGAUGCACGACCUCGUGUGAGACCGACAUCAACCAGUGGGUGUCCGACGUCCAGACCGAAUGCGCGGGGCAAGAAAUGAGGGAGAUGGGCAACAUUAUCCGCCCGUGGUCACUGCCGUUGAUCUACCAGCACAAGUAUCAGCUCGGAUGCAUGAGAGGCAGCGCAUCUGAGUGGUGCUGGCUGGACAGUCUAGAGUGGGAAGGCAGCGAGAUCCCCACCUACGACGAGGACCUCUGCAUCACAGGCAAGCAAAUUUAUUCCAAGUUGAAUCAACGGAUCCCGAGGGAUCCCGAUUUCGAUGCCGACGUUUGCUUCGAAGAGGGGUUUGAUCAAUAUGCCGUCGAGGCGGACGACGUGAGACUGACCAAUCUCUAUGAUGAGGAGCUUCUCUGCAGUGACUGCUUCCUCAAAAUCUUCCAUCACCGCCUCCUCUCGCCCGUGCUAGAGAUUGGCGACUUCACCGACUACCUCAUCGAACAGCACGGCGAGCUGGAGACAUUCUGCUCCACAUCCAUGCCUUUGACAACCUCCUCGCCAGAGCUCUUCCUGCGCACCAUGCCCAUCCCCACCCCGACGACGACAGGCAGUGCGCCCCCGGUCAUGACGACCUGCGCGGGACAGCUGAUCGAGCCAGAGCCGUCCCAGCUCUGGUGUGACGCGCUGUCGGUGCAAUACAACGUACCCACAGGUGACCUGAUUGUGCUCACAAAGGACUGGAGCUGCCGUCUGGACGAGGAGAUCUGUGCCCCCCCACCGUGCCAGCUCCAAUACAUCGGCUUUGAACAACUAUGGACCUGCGAGUCCCUCCGUGCCCUCAUCUCGACGGCGGAGAAAAACGUGACGGAGGCGGAGUUUGCGGCUUGGAACAAGCGUAUUGUGGGCACCUGUGACCACGUUCGAGGUGACCAGUAUAUCUGCGCCGGGCCCCCUGGAGGCGAGUACGAAUUCCCUUCGCCGAUAUACGCGCCCACCUCGUCGGCUUUUUACUCCACGGCGACCCCUGCUCUUCCCACGCACUCCGGAACGACGGAAAGCUGCGGCAAAUACUUCGACGCACGCGCUGGCGACACGUGCAAUGGCAUCGUCUUGCGAGAGAGCAUCACGCUCGACCAGUUCUUGGUGUUGAAUCCCCAGAUUUGGUCUAACUGCACUAACCUUUGGAUGGACUACUCGUACUGCGUGGCGCCCGUCCUGGAACCCCCCGUGAGCGCGAACGGGGAAUGUGGACCCGACAACGGGCAUGCCGUCUGCGGAGGCUCCGGGCACGGCAUCUGCUGCUCGUACGCCGGGCAAUGUGGUUCCGGGAUAGCAUUCUGUGGUGCCGGGAACUGUUACAGCGGCGAAUGCACGGAUCCCUCCGAUAAUGUGAGCGAGGACGGCUCUUGUGGCCCCGACAAUAACGACUGGGUGUGUGGUGGAGAGAGCGGGUGGGGGAAUUGCUGCUCAAUCUACGGCUGGUGCGGAAAUUCCGAGCUGUAUUGCGCUCCAGGCUCGUGCCAUAGCGGACAAUGCGACACCGACGAAGGCGGCCCUUCCGUGGACGGUUCUUGUGGGCCGUUGUUCCCCGGCGACAAGGUGUGCGAAGGCACCCAUUUCGGUGACUGCUGCAGUAUUUAUGGAUACUGUGGUUCAGGUCCGGGCUACUGCGGAGCCGGAAACUGCCAUUCGGGCGACUGCGACUGA